UUUUUUUUUUUUUUUUUGAUGGUACGUGGUUUAUUUUUACAGCAACAUUAAGAGAUCCCCCCUGCAUCGUUGCAUUUUCAUCCAUCACGUACCGGUUGAUAAGCCACUGAUUACAUUUAAAAAAUCGCGCCAUAACUCAAACCCCCUGGUGUUCGUGCCUCGUACUAAUUGGGACUUCUGCUCCCGAAAGGUAACCUAACCUCAAUCUCAGCUGUGGACGAGUGUGAAGAAAGUAUAAAUAUUUAUAAAACGAGAGUCGCAGUACUUUUAAAUUGUUACUAGGUGAAUUGAAACGAAACACAAAAGGACAAGUUGAGUUAAGUAUCUGGGGUCAGUUUUAGAUAAUCGGCAAAAAUGGCAGAGGACGAGAAUAUGAGUGCGUCCGCCCGGCUGACCAACGAUGACUUCAGGAAGCUGUUGAUGACACCUAGAUCGUCCGUUCCAUCUGCCACGCCAGCCAGUGUUCCAGGAACCGUCAGAGAUUCCGGUGCCAAGGCAGCUCAAACUCCAGUGGUCGGCGGCAGCAACAGAGCAGAGCUCCGGAGAAAAAAGAAGAGCUACUAUGCCAAGCUCAAAAAGCAGGAGGAUGAUAAGAUGGCAGAGCUGGCCGAAAAGUACAGAGAUCGUGCCCGAGAAAGGAGAGAUGGUACGAAUCAGGAGCAAGUUGAAGAUCCCAUGACCAAUGCCAGUGCCUACAGAGCCGUGGCUCCUGACUUGAAAUCCGGCUACGAUGCUGCUGAGCGUAGGCGGCAGAUGAUACAGCAAUCCAAGUUCUUGGGAGGUGACAUGGAGCACACUCACUUGGUAAAGGGUUUGGAUUAUGCUCUGCUGCAAAAAGUCAGGAGUGAGAUCGAGGCUAGAGAAACGGAGCAGGAGAUAGAGAUGGAAAAACUUGCCAAGCCCAAAGAGAAGGUCAAAGAAAAAGUCAAAGAAGUCGAGAAGAAGGACGAGGAGGUGAAUUUUAAGAGCAAGACUGCACGUAACAUUUGCAAAACUAUCAUGAUUAUGAAAUCCAAAACUGUGGAGAGAAACGAAUUGUUUGCUCCUGGUAGAAUGGCUUAUGUCAUCGAGUUGGAUGAUGAGACUGAGGUUGACAUACCUACGACAUUGAUUAGGAGUAAAGCUGAUGUCCCUACUAUUGACAAUACACCUACUUUGACCACUAACGACAUCGUUAUCAAUAAAUUGGCACAGAUUUUGUCGUACUUGAGACAGGGAAAUAGACAUGGUAAAAAGAACAAGAAAAACAAAGACGGGAGACCAAGACUGGAUGAUUUCAACGAGCUUGAAAUCGCUCCGCAAAGAUCCAUUCAGGAUGACAGUAUUUACGGUGAUAUUGGUGAUUAUAUACCAGAUCUCACCAAGUCUGAGAGUAGUCAUCUUAAGAAUAAAAAGAAAGAGAGUUACUUUGCAAAACCAGAGCCAGAAAUCAAUGAGGAAGACAACGCACCUAGACUACCAAACGCAGAAAUUCCAAAUGAAGUUGCUGCUAUUGCAAAAGCAAUUGCAUCUUCCGAUGUUGCGCUACGCAGGGGUGUUGCACUGGACAAGCCGGCUGUAGAACCAGUUGGUUAUGCUGAGUGUUAUCCUGGAUUGGAUGAAAUGCAAGACGCAAUCGACGAUUCGGACGACGAGGUAGACUACACAAAAAUGGAUCUGGGCAACAAGAAGGGGCCAAUCGGUCGCUGGGAUUUCGAUACUCAAGAAGAGUAUAGCGAGUACAUGAAUAACAAGGAGGCCUUGCCAAAGGCGGCUUUCCAGUACGGCGUGAAAAUGGCCGAUGGUAGAAGAACCAGAAAAUACAAUAAAGAGAAAAACGAAAAGGCCGAGCUUGAUCGAGAAUGGCAAAAGAUUCAGAAUAUCAUGAACAAGAGAAAAUCAACGAACAAUGAAGGUGCGCCAGAGCUAAAGGCUUCUAGAUAUUAAAACAUUUGAUUAUGUACAUUAAAUUAUUUGAUACACAGAGAAGAACUUAACGUUUUUCAAGCUACGCUAGGACUUAUCAACUUGUACUUUAUACGUUAUAUUAUUUGUACAUACAUUUUUUUUUAGAUUUAAGUGUAUAUUCAAGAUUAAAAAGUAUGGAACGUAUAGUAAAAAAGUAAAUCAAUUAUUUUAAGCA